CGACAGCUAACUGGACUGUAACAGGAUUCCUGUGUGAUUCGCAGCUCCCCGCGUGGCUCACUCCCACAACCGACGUGAGGCCCCGGGAGCGCCGCGGACCGUCCUGGAGAGCGCGGGUCUGCGGGGCAGAGAGGACGCCCCACGCAGCGGUCACCGGGAGCCACGGCUACUGAACGCAGAUCUGGGCCGAACGCACAAAUCCCGCAGCGGUCGGACUGUACCGGUCCGCAGGUUUAGGAGGACCGGCCGCCCCUCCCGCGGCCGGAGCAGGAGGCGAGGGGAUCCCAGCCAGUGUUGAGUGCGGCGCCAGGAACCGUGUGUGGGUGCUUCUCCCUGGGGUCAUGCAGAGAGCAUCCCGUCUGAAGAGAGAGCUGAGCCUGCUGGCCGCGGAGCCACCCCCGGGCAUCACAUGCUGGCAGGAUGGGGACCGAAUGGAAGAUCUGCGAGCUCAGAUAUUAGGUGGAGCAAACACACCUUAUGAAAAAGGUGUUUUCAAGCUGGAAGUUAACAUUCCUGAGAGGUACCCAUUUGAACCUCCUCAGAUCCGAUUUCUGACUCCCAUCUACCAUCCCAACAUCGAUUCCGCUGGAAGGAUUUGUUUAGAUGUUCUCAAAUUGCCGCCAAAAGGCGCCUGGAGACCGUCCCUCAACAUCGCGACCCUGCUGACUUCUGUCCAGCAGCUCAUGGCCGAGCCCAACCCUGAUGACCCGCUCAUGGCCGACAUCUCCUCAGAGUUUAAAUACAACAAGCCAGUCUUCCUCAGGAAUGCCAGGCAGUGGACAGAGAAGCACGCGAGACAGAAGGCUGAUGAAGAAGAGACGCCUGAUAGCCCCCCCGAGGCGGGUGACUCAGAAGGACAAAGCGCAGCACAGAAAAGGAGAGCCAGGCACCUGGGGGGCGUAGAAAAGAAAUUUUGCCCUGAUGUUUAGGGUGGGGUUUGUCCAGGCCCGUCUUAGUUAAUAUGUUCUUUGCCAGCGUUCUUUGCCAGCAUGGUCCAAUUUGCUUACAUUUCUGGAAUGUUUUUCUUUGUAUUUGAUGGCAUUAUCAUUUUUGUAUCCUGUGAAACAGACCUUGUGUAUUUAUAUGUUCUGCUCUACAUUGAUUCUCUGAGUGUAGUUUGUUUUAUUUAGCUCAUACAUAUGUAUUCCAAAACUUGUAAACCUGGAAAAUAAAUAAUCAUUUAGUGUUGAGUAUGUGUU